GUUUAGCUGUAGACACUGAACGCAGGAUGACAGUCAUGACAGUCACUUGAUCAUGAUUCUUCAGGUGAUACGUACAUAGUAUGUGCAGAGAUACGGAGUACUGCUGAGUGCAUUUCACUGCACCGGCACACUAAUCCCAAACAGGCAACCACCUCAUGAGCUCAAAUCUUCACCACCACCAGAUUCCUAGGAUACCUCAAGGACGUUCUACUAUACUUCUUAUUCAACCAGACAUACAAUACACCCUCUCAUACUACUACUAGCUCUGCAAUUACCCACAUACAAUCAUACGAAUGACCACCACUACAACAACAAUCACCAAACCGCAAUAACCUCACCUCACAUCACCACACCACACCACCCAACCCCUCCAACAACCAUCCCAAACUUCACCACCACCACCACCACCACCACUACCACCACACCAACCCCAAAACAAAAUGCCCACCCCCCCAACCCUCUCCUCCUUCCCCCCGCACCUAACCCUAACCAUCACCCCUCCCUCCCCUCAAACCCAUACCCCCUCCUCCCAAAACCCAUCCCCCAACAUCCUCCUCCUCCUCCACUCAACCGGCGACACAUCGCACAACCUAACCCCCCUGGCCCGCGCCCUCAACCUCCCCGAAACCACCACCAUCACGCUCCAAGCCCCCACCCCGCUCCCCUUCGACCUGGGCGGUUUCCACUGGGGCGACGACAUCACCUUCACCCCCGACGGAAACUUGGACAUGGACGCGGGAUUCACCCGCUCGGUGAGGGUUAUUCUCCAGGAGGUUAUAAUGGGGGUGUUGGUGGGGAAGUGUGGGUAUCGGGUUAGGGAUGUGCUGGUUUGGGGAUUGGGACAGGGGGGGAUGGUGGGGUUGGAGGUUGCGAGGGCGUUGGAGGUGGGUUUGUAUGGGGUGGAUGGGGUGGAUGGGGUGGAUGGGGAGAGGUGUCUUGGGGGGGUGGUGUCGAUUGGGGCGCCGGUUGGGUUGGAGGGGGGGAAGGGGUUAGGUGGAGGAGGAAGGAGUGGGAAUGGGAAGAGUAAGACGCCGGUGUUGAUUGCGGCGGGCAAGGAAGGGGAUGGGACGGUGGUGACGGCCGCGGGGGUGAAAAGGACGCAGGAGUGGUUUGAGUUUGUCGAGGUCGUGCGGUAUAAAAGACGUGGGGAUGGGAUGCCGAAGAAUCGCGAGGAGAUGACCCCCAUUAUGGCGUUUUUGGCGAGGAGGUUGAGGAGUUAUAAGGGUGUGCCGGAGGGGAGUGUGGAGAUUAGUUAGGGUGUGGAGGAAUGAAUGGAUGGUGGUAUUGUAUUGUA